AUGAUGCAGAGCUCCGCCGUGUUCUCUCUCUCCCCGUCGCUUCCUCUCCUUAAACCACGGCGUCUCUCGCUUCGCCAUCCCGUCGCGGCAGCAGCAGCUUCCUCCUCUUCGAGCUUUCACGAUCUCAACGUCUCUCCUCCAAAUGUCGUCUCUAUUCCUUCUUUGUCUCGUCGAUCUUGGCGUCUCGCCUCGUCUGAUUCGCCGCUUCGUGCCUGGUCCGGUGUUCCGUCGAUCUCCUCUUCGCUCGACACGAAUCGUUUCAAAACUUCCGCUACAGCAGUUCCCGAAAGUGCUGACGAAGGUGAAGAGAAAGGGAAAAUGGGGAAGAUUCUAGAGCUUGGCUUGUUGUUUGCUUUCUGGUACCUUUUCAAUAUCUACUUCAACAUCUACAACAAGCAGGUUUUGAAAGCUCUACACGCUCCAAUGACUGUCACUUUGGUUCAGUUCGCCGUCGGUAGUGUGCUCAUUACCUUCAUGUGGGCUCUGAACCUGUACAAGAGGCCAAAGAUCACUGGUGCUCAGUUAGCGGCCAUCUUGCCACUUGCAGUUGUGCAUACUCUUGGUAAUCUAUUUACCAACAUGAGUCUCGGAAAAGUGUCCGUUUCGUUCACUCACACCAUUAAAGCCAUGGAGCCUUUCUUCUCUGUUGUCCUGUCUGCUAUGUUUCUCGGAGAGGUGCCUACUCCAUGGGUAAUCGGUGCCAUUAUACCAAUCGUUGGUGGAGUUGCACUUGCUUCAAUAACAGAGGUCUCAUUCAACUGGGCUGGCUUUUUGAGUGCAAUGGCUUCAAACUUGACUAACCAAUCCCGUAACGUGUUGAGUAAAAAAGUGAUGGUCAAGAAAGAUGAUUCUUUGGACAACAUCACCCUCUUCUCUAUCAUAACCUUGAUGUCUCUCUUCCUGAUGGCGCCUGUGACUUUCUUCUCGGAAGGCAUCAAGUUCACUCCUUCAUACAUCCAAUCAGUUGGUGUGAAUGUUCAACAAAUAUACACAAAGUCUCUUAUUGCUGCACUCUGCUUCCACGCUUACCAGCAGGUGUCGUACAUGAUACUGGCGAGAGUAUCACCAGUCACACAUUCAGUCGGAAACUGUGUGAAGCGUGUGGUGGUUAUUGUUAGCUCUGUCAUCUUCUUCAAGACACCAGUCUCGCCUGUUAAUGCUUUUGGAACCGGGAUCGCUCUAGCGGGAGUCUUCUUGUACUCGAGAGUGAAGGACGCCGCAAUCAGCUCUUCCCAGACGCCGCAAUCGACUCCGAUACCGUCACUUCCCGAAGAUUUGCUGAUAAACUGCAUCGCACGCACCUCCAGAUCACAAUACCCGGCUCUCUCCGUCGUCUCCAAGAGCUUCCGGUCUCUCCUCGCUUCGCCUGAGAUUUACGACAUCCGAGCCCUCCUAGGCAGCACGGAGAGUCUUCUCUACGUGUGCUUGAGAAUAACUCCCAACUAUCGCUGGUUCACUCUCUGCCGGAACCCUAAUCGAGCCAUCGCCAAUGACAAGUCAAGCGGGAAUCUUUUGGUCCCAAUCGAUGCUCCCAAUUCUCCUCAAACUCAUUCGCGAGGCCUGAUUGCAGUUGGCUCUGCGGACCGGGUCGCCUUCUUCCACCGUGUGGGUUUUAGAUUGCCGUCGUCGUCACCUCUGGCGCAAGGCUCCAAGCAUGUUGGUGAAGCGGAUUGGACCAGCAGCAGUUGUCGUUGA